AUGAGCAGUCAACCACCUUUAUGGCUGACGGCUAUGCCCGCGCUUCAGGCAAGCCUGGUGUGGCAAUGGUUGUUCCAGGCUGUGGUUUUGCUCAACGCCACAUCCGGAUUGACCAACGCUUAUGCUCGCUCCUCGCCGGUGCUCUUGAUUGCCGGUCAGAUCCCCCGGGGCAUGAUUGGCAAGAACCUGGGAGCGGUCCACCAAGUCCUGGACCAGCAGGAAAUAGUGCGGAAUCUAACCAAGUGGAGAGGGCGCGCGCUGCGUCCCCGCGAAGUCCCCUACACGGUAUCUGAAGCAUUCCGGCAAAUGCGAAGCGGGCGACCCCGGCCUGUGUUGGUCGAGCUUCCCCCGGAAGCGGGGGUUGAACAGGAGGAUGUUCAGCUUCGCAGCCCGGCUCCCGUGUCCAAUAUUGUGCCCAACUCUGACCAACUCCGGGAGGCGGCCCGCGUUAUCGCCCAAUCCCGUUUGCCCCUUAUCUUCGCCGGCGGCGGCGUGGCCCGUUCUGAUGGGGAAGAAGCUCUCGUCAGGUUGGCCGAAGCGACAAACAUCCCCGUAAUCACAUCCAGUGGCGGCAAAGGCACAAUACCGGACCGGCACCCACUUUGUUAUGGCUCCUGCUUCAGUGCCAGAGGCGAAAGGCAGGAGAUGAACCAGCUUUUCGAGGUGAUGCAGUCGUCCGAUGUUGUUAUAGGGAUUGGCGCCCGAUUCUCCCUAGGAAAUCCCGCGGGAGAAGCGUCUACGUUGGUUAACAUAAACAUAGACGAUACUGAACUUACCCGGCUCCAGGCCAAUACGUUACCCCUGCACGGCGAUGCGAAAGCGACCAUGGAGGCCUUGCUGCCAUAUCUGAUGGAGGCUGAAGCCGGUGACCGUCCGUCGCCCGUAGAAGCCGUGGUAGCUGCCCGCCGACUCAUUGCCUACUAUGACAUCGGUCUCCGUGAGCCGCAGUACCCCGUAAUGGAGGCAAUGCAGAGAGGGCUGCCGGAAGAGGCCAUAAUCGUUUGGGACGUCACCCAAUUUGGCUACUAUGCUCGUACCCAUUACCAAGUAAACCAUCCGAAGACUUACAUCGAUUCGGGCUAUUCCUUCAACCUGGGAUACGCUUUCCCUACUGCCCUUGGCGCCAAGGUGGCCAAGCCGGACCAACCGGUUGUAUGCAUGGCCGGCGAUGGCGGGUUCAUGUUUAAUUCUUCCGAACUGUCCACCGCUGUCAAGUACGGCAUCAACGUGGUUACAGUUGUAUUCAGAAAUGAUUCCUACGGCAAUGUGGCCCGCGACCUUGACGAUUUCUUCUCCGGGACAUACGAAACUGACCUCCAUAAUCCCGAUUUCGUCAAAUUCGCGGAAAGCUUCGGCGCAGUGGGCUUGAGGGCGGACGAUCCCAAAGACCUGGAGACACUAAUACCCCAUGCGCUGGAACUCAACGCCCCGGUGAUUAUUGACGUGCCGUUUGGUGAUAUGCCAAUACCCAGAGCCCCCCAGAUAGCGCCGUUCUAUGCCCUGCCAUGGACCCAGCCCCAGGAAGGGCUGAUUCCAUCAUAA